AUGUACGAAAAUGUCAAAAAUUGGACUAGAAAUGUUAAUUUAUUUCAGAAGGACUUUAUCGUUAUACCUAUCAAUGAAAGAUCCCAUUGGUAUUUGGCCGUCUUAUGCUAUCCAUACUUGGAGAAGGCUGUACCUAGAGAAAUUAUUACAGUUUCAGAUAAGGAUUCAAAUCCAGACGAUGAAUCAUCGUCAUCAAAGAUGACAGGUAGAUCAAGGCAUACUGGUGAUUCAUCAAUCAGGAUCAGUAAGAGCAAUAACUGUCACAGUUGUAAUUUUUAUCGGUUUAUUACGACUUUUGAUAGAUCUUGUAUUUUGGUCUUUGAUUCCCUUGGAUGUCCAAGACCGGCUGUGUUUAGAAAUUUAAGACUUUAUUUAUCAUUGGAAUGGAAAAAUAAAAAUGAGGUCAGUAGAAAGUUUAAUUCGGAAACUGUACCGGGAUAUUGUCCAAAGAUUCCUCACCAGAAUAACGAUUGUGAUUGUGGCUUAUAUCUUCUGCAAUAUUUCGAAAGCUUUUUCAAGAAUCCCUUCAAUGAUUACACUCCCCCUAUCCAUUUACGCAAGUGGUUCAAUCUCGACGAAGUUAGCAACAAGCGCUACGAUAUAUUAGAAGUCAUAGAUCAGAUAAGGAAGAAAUAG